CAAAUUUGUGUAUUCCAACUGCUUGUAAAUGUUAUGGACACCUUUUCCUUAUUUAAAAAAAUAAGCCCAACUUUGAGCUACCAUGAAAGCCAAGCCGCCAACACCGAUAUGCGAAUGGCUUGCCAAUUAGCGCCCCCUGGCACCCAAGUGGACUCACGAUUUCCGAGCGGCUGAUAAAUUAGCGAAAUUUUAAUUUGAUUUCCUUCACAAAUUUCCGCCGAACCGGGCAUGGAUGUGGCCAUGGUGGACUGUGGUGGACUGGAUGGCCGGCCGGGUGUCGGAGUGUCUGGCCGCAAUGGACACAGAAGCCGAGGCAGCAAAUAAACUAAGUGAAUUUAUGGCCCCAGGGCAGGAGCGGCACACGUGUGCGACAUGCCCACACAUUGACACCUACCAAUAACCAACUAUCAAGUACCAGCCAUCCAAUAACCGCCUAACCACACAAUCCACACUCCCCACACUUCAUCCUCCAUACUCCACACUCUACACUCCAAUAGGGCUGCAGGUCCCUGGGCGCGUUUUGGAUCAGAUCAUCGUCUUGGUUCGGUUCGGUUAGGUUUGGUUUGGUUGGGUUUUUUGUUUAUGCUGGGCAGGCACAAACGAGCUGACAAUGCCCCAUGUCAGGGCGACGGUACGUGCGGCCAAACAAAUUACAGGGAAAUUGCGUCACCUGCAGGAAUUUCCACUCGGCAUUGUCAAAUGCCAUCAGAAAUCGUUGGACAUGUUGUAACAUUAAUUUGACAUUUUACGGCCCAGGACAGGGAUCGUUGGCAAUGAGACCGCAGAGCAGCGCAGGACAACGAUUAGCCUCCCAGCAGACAGCUGUCGAGCGGACCAAGGAUGCUGGAGCCACCAGGGGAUUUUGCAGUGGCAUCUCGGGCACUUGGAAAAACAUGGGGUACUUUAGUCAGUUUAGAACUCAGUCUAUGAAGGAAGGUAACAAACUUGAAAUUAUGAAUUUGUGUCUUCUACAUUGCUAUAAAUCGAACGAAAAGAAAAGAACCAAUCUAUAAUCUGGAGACUAUGUUUCCCUCAGUGCACUUCCAGCUUGGGAUGCAGCUCCUGGCGUUUCGCUCUGCCAGCUGGUGCAAUCUGUUGGAGCAGCGUAAAGGCAUUUCUGGCACUAAAACAAAUUGAU